AUGGUCUCCCAACCCAGUUCUCAGGAUCUCAUGGUCUCCCAACCCAGUUUUGCACAAGGCACUGAAGGCGGCUCUGUCACCUUAAGGUGUUCCUACAAUUCCACCUCUGAGUCAAAGAUUGGCAGCUACUGGUGGGUGAAGAAUCCGGGCCUAGUGGUCAAAAGCACCUCCCAGGAAUUCAUGGGGAGGGUGAACUGCACCUCAGAUCAAGGCUUCCUCUUGGAGAAGAGGGCAGAUAUAGAGAUACAGCAUCUCAGACUUGAUGACUCGGGGAUGUAUCAAUGUGUGGUCAGCAUUCAUGGUCUACGGGAAACCUCAGGAAAGGGGACUGAACUUCAAGUGAUGAAAAGAGAUUCUGGGGCUCAGGGCCUUGUGGUCUCUCAGCCCAGGUUUGCUCAAGGCAUUGAAGGUGGUUCUGUCACCUUGCGCUGCUCCUACAACUCUGCCAAUGAGCCGAAGGUUGGCAACUACCACUGGGUGAAGAAUCAAAGCCUGUUGGUCAAAAAUAUCACCCCAGAAUUCAUGGGAAGGGUGAAUGGCACGUCCGACCAGCACUUCCUCUUAGAGAGAAGAGCAGAUAUAGAGAUACGGCAUCUGAAACAUAACGACUCAGGGAUGUAUCUAUGUGUGGUGGGAAUCCAUGGUCUACAGGAGACCUCGGGAAAUGGGACUGAGCUUCAAGUACUGGACAGAGAAGAUCCCCCAACUCUGGGAAAUGGACCAAAUCUCUUCAAUUCUGAAGCAGCGAUGGCUUCUGCUUUCGUGGUAUUUGCUGCUGGCUGCCUGCUAUUUCUCUACUGUAAGAGGACACGAGCGUGGGCAUCCGGGCAACUGCAGGAAAUGCUGUUAAUGCUGAUAGAUUUGAACUUGGAACAGCAACCAAUGAGCAGUUUUGGCGUGAAACAUGACUGCCAUGAUUUGGUGUGGGAAUCGGUGUCUGUGUGUAUAUUUCUAUUGCAUGAAUAUAAGCGGGGUCUCGGCCCCGUCCUGCUGUCUUUUAGUAUGUAG